AUGCUGACCAGGAUACAAACAGAGAGGUCCUUGAUUCAGAAUGAGAAUCACAGCAAGUUACUUCCAAACUUUCUGCUGCUGAGUUCACUCCUAAACUUUCAAAUGUACUACCCUCUCGGCAGUGGUGUAGCUUUGGAUUCAGUUAGUCGAGGCCUGAAAACAGCUCUAGUUGAAAAGUAUGAUUUUGCUUCUGGUACCAGCAGUAGGAGUACGAAACUGAUUCAUGGAGGUGUUCGUUAUCUACAAAAAGCAGUAUUCAAUUUAGAUUAUGAACAGUACAAGAUGGUGAAAGAAGCCUUACUAGAAAGAGCCAACCUUAUACAAAUUGCUCCCCAUAUUGCCUAUCCAUUUCCUAUAAUGCUACCAUUAUACAGGUGGUGGCAAGUUCCAUAUUAUUGGGUUGGUAUAAAAAUGUAUGAUUUAGUUGCUGGCAAACAGAAAUUGAGAAGCAGUUAUUUUUUAUCAAAGUCUAAAGCAUUAGAAUUAUUUCCAAUGUUGAAGAAGCAUGAAUUAGUUGGUGCUCUUGUCUAUUAUGAUGGUCAACAUGAAGAUGCUCGAAUGAAUAUUGUACUUGCCAUGACAGCCAUUCGCAUGGGUGGCUCACUUGCCAAUCAUGUAGAAGUAAAAGAAUUACUGAAAACAACUGAUAGUGAUGGAAAAGAACAAGUCUGUGGAGCUAAAGUUCGUGAUCUAAUGACUGGAGAAGAAUGGUCAAUUAAAGCAAAGUGUGUGAUAAAUGCUACUGGACCUUAUACAGAUAGUAUCCGGCUCAUGUCCAAUGCAGAUAACCCUAAAAUCUGCAAACCAAGCUCAGGCGUUCAUAUAGUUUUACCAGAUUAUUACAGUCCCUCCAAUAUGGGUUUGCUUGAUCCAGCCACCAGUGAUGGAAGGGUGAUCUUUUUCUUGCCCUGGCAGAAAGUCACUUUAGCAGGUACCACUGACAAUGCAUGUGAAGUGACUGAUUAUCCACAACCCACAGAAAAAGAAGUCCAGUUUAUUUUGAAAGAAAUUAGAAAUUAUCUCAGCCCAGAUGUCCGAGUCCGUCGAGGUGAUGUGCUAUCUGCUUGGAGUGGUAUUCGACCUCUGGUUAGUGACCCCACUAAAAAGGACACUCAGUCUUUGGCUCGGAAUCACAUCAUAGAAGUGUCUAAAGAAAACCUUAUCACUAUUGCAGGUGGCAAAUGGACAACAUACAGACACAUGGCUGAAGAAACAGUUGAUAAAGCAAUUGAGGUGUGUAAUUUGCAACCCAAAAACAAAGCCUGUUGCACUAAAGGUCUCCUCUUAGAUGGUGCACAUGAAUGGUCACCAACCCUUUUCAUUCGUCUUGUGCAAGAUUUUGGACUGGAAAAUGAGGUGGCACAACAUCUUGCUUCUACCUAUGGCGAUAGAGCCUUUAAGGUAGCUAAAAUGGCUUCAAUGACUGGCAAAAGGUGGCCAAUUGUUGGACGUAGAUUGCAUGAAGAAUACCCUUACAUUGAAGCCGAGGUACGCUAUGCCAUCCGAGAAUAUGCCUGCUCUGCUGUGGAUAUAUUAGCUCGGCGUACACGACUUUCCUUUUGUAAUGCCACAGCUGCUGAAGAAGCUCUGCCCAGAAUUGUAGACAUUAUGGCUGAAGAACUGAAAUGGACAAAAGAACAAAAAAAGGCCAAUAUUGACCAUUGUAAGCAGUUCCUCCGGCGUGAGAUGGGCUUAGAUCUACGAAGUGCUUCAACUAAUGUUCCAAUCAACUUCACAAAGGAAGAGAUCAAUGAACAUGUAGUCAAAUUCAAAUCUUUGGAUUGUGACAAUAAAGGUUUUAUCACGAUUAAUGAUCUCCGUAAACAUUUCAAAAAAACAAACCAGGAUGUCAGCGAAGAUCAUCUGCAUCAAAUUCUACAAGAAGUCGAUUUGAACAGGAAUGCACAGGUGGAUAUUGGAGAGUUCUUGCAGUUGAUGAGUGCGCUGAAGACAGGAGCCAUUUCCAACAACCGGCUGGCGUAUGCUGUUCGAGACAGUUCUUCGUCUAUACCUGUUGAACGAAGUGGAGUGGUUGUUGGGCCAUUCAACAGAAACAAAAUCCCUUUUUUUCUCUUUCUUUUAUCUCCCUCUCUCUCUCUCUCUUUCCCCUCUCUGUUCUCUUUUUGCCCUCUUCUUUUCUUGCUUUUUCCUUUUGUUUUUCCUUUUUUUCUGUUUUUCCUGUUUUUUUAUUUUCCAUUUCCUUUCUCUUUUUCAUUUCCUUUCUCUUUUUUCAUUUCCUUUCUCUUUUUUCAUUUCCUUUCUCUUUUUUCAUUUCCUUUCUCUUUUUUCAUUUCCUUUCUCUUUUUUCAUUUCCUUUCUCUUUUUUCAUUUCCUUUCUCUUUUUUCAUUUCCUUUCUCUUUUUUCAUUUCCUUUCUCUUUUUCCUUCUUUAUCAUUCUGUUCUCUCUCACUCUUUUUCUGUUCUCUUUCUUUCUUCCUUCUCUUUCUUUCUUCCGCAUCUUUCUCCCCCUUUCUUUUUUCUUUCUUUCUUUCUUUCUUUCUUUCUUCCCUCCCUCCCUCAGACAUGCUAACAGCAGUUUACAUCAGAUUAGAUUAUUCAUGCUAA